AUGGGGAUGAUGCUGACCUUAUUUCAACUACUAAACAAAGUUUGCAUCAGAAUUUUAAAAUCAAAGCACUUUGGGUUGAGAUAUUUUUUGGGGAUUGAGUUUGCUAGAAACAAAGAAGGGAUCUUGUUACACCAAAGAAAAUAUGCACUUGAGCUCAUCCCAGAUGUUGGUCUAGCAGGAUCCAAACCAGUCCAUGCUCCCGUUGAGCUAAAUCAGAAGCUCACCACAGUGACUUAUGAUGAUCAUUUAGGUCUUAAUGAUGACAGCCUGCUUGAAGAUCCUGGUGCUUAUCAAAGACUGAUAGGCAUACUUCUUUACUUGACAAUUACAAGGCCUGACAUUUUCUUUACUGUGCAGUCUUUGAGUCAGUUCAUGCAAGCCCCCAAAUACUCUCACAUGAAAGCUACUCUGAGGGUAGUUAGAUACAUCAAGCAGAGUCCAGACCUUGGGAUUCUCAUGUCAGUUGCAGAAUCUACCCAAUUGAAGGCUUACUGUGAUGCUGAUUGGGUAGCAUGUCCAAAUACAAGGAAGUCAGUCACUAGCUAUUUAGUGCAAUUUGAUAAUUCCCUCAUUUUAUGGAAGUCCAAGAAGCAGAGUACCAUUUCCAGAGAGGCAGAAUAUCGAAGUUUGGCUUCCACAGUAGCUUAG